GCGACAUAGAGCGAGGAGGCGGCUGAGCGCGGCACGGCGACGAUGGCCGACGCCUCCGCCUUCCCCUACGGCCUGCGCGUCCUCGUCGUCGACGACGACCCAACCUGGCUCAAGAUACUCGAGAAGAUGCUCAGGAAGUGUUCCUACGAAGUUACCACAUGCGGCCUUGCUAGAGUUGCUCUUGACAUCCUUCGGGAGAGGAGAAACAAGUUCGACAUUGUAAUUAGUGAUGUCAACAUGCCAGACAUGGAUGGUUUUAAGCUUCUCGAACACAUUGGACUUGAGAUGGAUCUGCCUGUUAUAAUGAUGUCCAUUGAUGGAGAGACAAGUAGGGUGAUGAAAGGUGUCCAGCAUGGUGCUUGCGAUUACCUCCUUAAGCCCGUUCGGAUGAAGGAACUCCGGAACAUUUGGCAACACGUAUAUAGGAAAAAAAUGCAUGAGGUUAAAGAGAUCGAAGACCAUGAUAGCUGUGAUGAUCUCCAAAUGCUCAGAUAUGGUUUCGAGGGAUUUGAUGAGAAGGGACUAUUUAUGACAGUUGAUUCCGAUACCACGAGGAAGAGGAAAGAUGUGGACAAGGACCACGCAGAUCAGGACAGUGAUGGUGCUGCUGCUAAAAAAGCUAGAGUAGUUUGGUCCGUUGAUCUACAUCAGAAGUUCGUAAAUGCCGUGAACCAAAUUGGAUUUGACAAAGUUGGACCGAAGAAGAUACUGGACCUGAUGAACGUGCCUGGCUUGACCAGGGAGAAUGUUGCUAGCCAUCUUCAGAAAUAUCGCCUCUACUUGGGUAGGCUGCAAAAGCAGAACGAGGAAAGGAUAUUGGGAGCUGCUAGGCAAGAUUUCAGCAAUAAGGGGCCAUCAGAGAACCUUAACCUCAGAAGCUCCUUCCAAGAACAACCAAGCAAUAUCUCCAGUGGAUAUCCACAUGCUUCCCAGAAGAUACAAGGUCAGAACAGUGUGUUAGAUUCUCAGCUAGAAGACACCAAGCGCACGGUCCCCUUACCGGUGUCAGAUAAAUGCAUAAAUUCUGCAAGUUCUGUUGCCGAGUCUCAGAGUGUCGUUGGUGCUUCACCGUUAGGCGGAGUGCUGUCUUUCAAAGGUUUGCCAGUGAAUCAGGACAGGAAGCCAUCAGAAACCAUGAACCUGGGAUGCCCGGCCUGGAAUGGAGGCGUGCCAUCCAAGCAGUUCAUGCAAUACCCAAAGCAUAACCGUGCACGCUGUGACUUGUUAGGGGACUAUGCAUGCCUGCCAAAGCCAGAUUUGGAGCACCCCAUUGCUCCUGGUCAUCUGUUUACACCACCACCGCUAAUCUCGAUGAGUUGCAGUAUGGAGUUGGAUACCAGACACUUUUCAGAUGUGAAGCCAGGCCUUCUUGACUGCCUCAAGUCCUUAUCCCCGGCAUUGACAUGUACAGUUGACUCGGUUUCUGCUCAGCUCAGUGACAGUGUUGUGACAUCAGCUGAUGCUGACCGGAAGUUCUCCAAUGUGGAAGGUUUGCCUAGCACUAACUUUGAUCAGACAAUCAACCAAGGCGCUUUGGUUCGUUCUCAAGAACCAAGUAUCAUAUGUGGCGCGGAAUUUUCUUCUCUGACCGAGGAUCUUCCCCUCUAUCCACUUCAAGGUGUCUCCUUUGAGAAUAUAGGGCUAGGUGGCAUCGAUUUGUUUCACUACAAUGAUGCGAUGAUACUGUCCGGACUACAGAGUAACUGGUACGAUGAUCAGGACCAGUUCGCCGGCGAAACAAUAGACUACCCGUUGAUGGAUGGAUGUCUCUUUGCAUGAUCCGGCGGCUUCCCCUUCUGUUGACCAUGUCGUUUUGCGAGGAGGAAAGGAUGGUGUUCUUGGUGUGUUCCCACAUAGCACCUCUCGUAGGGCUAUAGUGUUCUAACUUGAUCCUUUGGUGGAAGGAUCUAACUGUAGUAACUCCACUUUUGAUAAAAAUGUCUGUACUAUAGACUGUGCCAUGGUAUAAUUCUAUAAACUCUUUCGAUAA